GUUCACAUUCGAUUUUCAAACAAACCAUUCGACGACUGUUAUUAACCCGGUGAGCACGCGCCACGCGGUGCCCGAAUUUGUUUUUACCAGUGCUAAGUGAAACCAUUGUGGCUAACAACAUGUGUGAGAAACGGACCAGAAAAAUCAAAAAAGGGUCACAACUGACUCGUCUGCGGGAAGCGAGACGUCUACAAAGACUACAGCGUCUCACGUCACCGGUCACGAGCGAGGAGGCCGCCCCCGCCCCUUGUCCUCAGCCUGUCGACAAAGCUGUACAAAACCGCGUCAUCCUCGAAUUGGCGUGGAAGACCGUCGCACUCAUGCAUAAGAACAGACUGAUCCAACAAAAGAUAAUCGCCUUGCAAAAGGAAACUUCAGAAUUCAUCGCAGCUGUGAUGAACCAUCCAGAAAACAGGAAAAGGUAUAUGGAACACAUGCGAAUGUAUGGACUUAGGCCAGAGCCAGAAAUGCAAGAGUCCGCUGACGACGAUUCGUUAAAAAUGGAACCCGAAGCCUAAGCUGAGCGGAACGAAUGAGUGAAUGUGUGAACAAUCGUGUUUAUUUAAUUUGGCACAUGUGAGUUUAUUUGGACGUGACCACGUGACUUAAUUUUGGUUAUUCUCGUUGUGUUGGUGUUCAAUGCGAGGAACGAGGGCUUACGAGUGCCGCCUAAAAUGAUUUGCGAAAUUAUUCUCAUUUUAGCAUUGGUUUGCAAAGUUUUAUAAUUGUUGAUGAGUUUCUAUUUGUUGUCUAUGUAUGUACGUAUGGACUGAUACUAUUUCUUUGAAGUUGUGAAUUACCAAACUGUUUUUACCAACUGCUGUUCGUAUCAAUGUGUGUAAAUUGUUUAAAUGUUAUUCAUGAACAUAUAUCCAAUUCACUAAACCAUUGUAGAAUAACUACCGACAAAAGAUCUUAGAGUUGUUAAGAAAAGCACUUUAUUAAACACAUAUUUAUGUUAAGCCAAUGUGUCAGGCUACAAUAUUUAAAAAAUAAGGCAUCGCUUACUCGACUUGUUUUUUUUCUGCCAGCAAUAAUGAUUAAAAUUCAGUGUCUUAAGUAAAAAUGUUGUGGCUAAUGUAUAAAUAUUUCUUGUUUUAGUAUUAAGGUAUUAAGAGGUUGUAUUAUAAGAGGCUGUUAAUGUUUCUAAGCUAGAAAUCUUUGUACCAUUUGUAGUAAUAUGUGUUUGUAUAUUUUCCCUUUGUUUCAUUAAGAUUGACAACUAUUUAUUGAGUUAAAAUUUGUUUUAAGUAGCCAGCGCGUGCCCCACAAAAAUCGUUAUUGCGUAAAAAUAAUUAUUUUAUUAAUUUAAUCAAAUAAAAUAAUUAAUGUUGCCAUGUAAAAGAUUUUAUUGAGAUCGAUGAUAAACCAACAAAAUAUAUUUAAUGGUACGAAGAUAAAGGAAUGGUUUUAAAAUACUCUUAUAAUUUAAGUUAGUUCUUAGAGUAUUAAAAUUAUGUUUUUGUUAAGCACUGUUCACAUGAUGGUGGUUAGGGAUGCGCAAUUCGCCACUUUGAUUUAGUUAUAAGCAAUUUACAUCUGCAUCACUUUGUAAAUCAUUUUUCCUUCUAUAAAUUCAACAUCACAUUAAAGACGCAAAACUUCUGCCGUGUGAACGUAGUCUUAAUGUAGAUUGCAUUUAAUACACCUAACUUAGUUUACCAAUUAUGCACAGAUAUACCAAUCACUGUGUUCAUUUAUAACUUACGUAGUCAUUACUUAUUUGCAGUAUAUUGAUCACAAAACAACUUAAAUAUUGUCGGAGCGCCUAAUUCCGUCUACGCGGGUAAAUCCGUCUGUGCAAUUACGGGCGUUCCAAUUAAAGGACAAUUUUGAAAGGCGUAUAAAAUAUUUAGGAGUUUUUGACUCUUCAACCUAUCCGGCUAUCAAAGCUGUCCUUCAAGUAGACCGUAAUUUCAGAUAGACGGAUAUGCCCCAGUAGACGGAAUAGGACGCCCUAUAAGUAUUAAAAGUCAAUGUUAUGAUAAUUUAUAAGUCUGGCCUUUAUUUAGCUUCAAUUUAUAACUAAAAUGUUGUUAUUGUUGUUAUGUAUUUGAUUAUGUAAAAAAAUGUGAGCCGUUAAAGGAUUAUUAAAAAUCUUAACCUGCAUUGUAAAUUUUCUUUCGCAAAGUAAUCUAAAUGUCUAUGUAAAGUUAUGUUAAAGACUAUGUAAAAGUUGUAUGUUUAAAUAUAAAACAUAUACUUACGCUUAAGAAAUCUUAGCUUUUGUGGUUUAUAAGGAGUUAAGUCGCUCUUAAAAAUACACUAGUCUGUCCUGAA